CACCUCGCAGUCCCAACAAUUUUCGUGUCUUGUUUCAGUGUCAAUAGUGUCAGUGUAUGCCCGUGUUGUGAACUUUCAGUGUAUAGUGUUCAAUUGGAUGCACACCUCAUAGCCCAGCUUGAAUGAUGCUCGGAGAGUUCGACACACCCUUCGGGCCUCAGCCUCUCUUCACACCGGAUUCUCCCGAACGUUCUUCGGAUCUGGAACAUGACAACUUUACCAACAGUAUGCUGUGUAUACAGGAAGAGUUGGGCCAGCUAAGUGUGGGCGCUCCGCCUAUCCAGGUACAGACACAGUCUAGCUCGGACUUCUCUGUUUCUACGUUCAAUGAGACGGCCGGCAAUAGUCUGCCGCCGGGCAAGGAGGGGUGGAUAGACGGACUACUCGGCUGUCUCAGACCCGUCUGGACCAUCAUCGGGAAGGCUGCGGCCAAUGAGAUCAAAGGUCACAGACCUGAUGACUGGGAAAUACCUUUUGAAAUGAUCAGUGAGCUACAUUGGCUGGGAUCAGGAGCGCAAGGGUACGUGUACAGAGGGAGGCUGAAAAAUGAAUACGUCGCUGUCAAAACUGUUAGAGAACAGAAAGAAACUGACAUCAGGCAUCUUCGUAAACUCAACCAUCCCAACAUUGUACAGUUCAAAGGUGUUUGCACGCAGGCCCCUUGCUACUGUAUCGUGAUGGAGUAUUGUCAGUACGGGCCGCUGUACAACCUGCUGAAGGAAGGGGAGGAGAUCCCGCCCCAGCGACUGGUGACGUGGGCCAAGCAGAUAGCGGCCGGCAUGCAGUACCUGCACUCCAACAAGAUCAUUCACCGCGAUCUCAAGAGUCCCAAUGUUCUCAUUGGAUCUGAGGAAAUAGUGAAGAUUAGCGACUUUGGGACGAGUCGACAGUGGAACGAGAUAAGCACAAAGUUCAGCUUUGCUGGGACGGUGGCUUGGAUGGCUCCAGAGAUCAUCAGGAACGAGCCUUGCUCAGAGAAGGUUGACAUAUGGUCGUACGGAGUGGUCUUGUGGGAACUUCUCACCUGUGAGACGCCCUACAAAGACGUAGACUCGUCAGCCAUCAUCUGGGGUGUCGGCAACAACUCCCUGCACCUCCCCAUCCCCUCGUCUUGUCCUGAAGGCUUCCGUCUGUUGAUCAAACAGUGUUGGAGUGCCAAGCCUCGUAACCGACCCAGCUUCAAACACAUCCUCAUACAUUUGGACAUUGCCGCCUCGGAGGUCCUAAGCAGCUCACCGGAGGACUACUUUAAAACCCAAGCUUCAUGGAAGAAAGAAGUGCAAACCCACAUGGAGCAGAUGAAGUCAAGCGGAACUCAUCAACCGAAAUUUGAGUCUGAGGACUUAAUAAAAAAGCGGGAAGAGGAGCUGAAACACGUCAGAGACAUUCAGGAACAUUACAGGAGGAAGCUGGAGAGAGUCAAUGAGUUGUACUCGGACCUAAAAACCGUCCUUCAGCGGGUGAAGGAGCGGGAGCAACAAGUGUCCAAGAGAGAGAAGCAGUGGAUGAUCCAUAAGAGUGGCAAGAGGAGAUUCGCCCGGCCGCCGCUGCUGAGGGCACAAGUCCAGCGAGGGGAAGCAACGAAUAUUAACUCUCCCGACAGCCUCACUACCAGUCCUGAAUCUCCCCAACACAGCCCUGUGAAGGUGUCACUGUAUGCCCAGUUAAACAGCAACGCUCACCCCGAGUCUGUUGUUUUGCCAUACGCAGUUAUGCCGAGACCUAGGAAAGUGAGGCUGCGGAAAGACAGUCUCGUCCCGUCCCCUCGACAUAGCCCUGCCAGGGAAAACAAGGCUAUCGUAGAGAGCAGCAGUGACGAGGAGCCUAGCGUAGUUCACACGGAGACUCAGACAGAGGCGAUGGACAUCAGUGACUCAACUCCUCGGUCUCCACUCAGCCCUACAGACAGUCUCAACGGCAACGUGGAGCCUUCCAAUCAGAUGUCGGAGAGUACCGUGAAGGAGCGAGUCAGUGAUGACGACAACCUAGAGCAGCUGGGACGCAAAGUGAGCGAGAUCCUUCACAAUGGCAACCCUCACUCACACACACCCGACAGCUCUGACGACCACGACUUCAUGUACACCCUGCGCAGGAAGAGUAUCGGAAGACGACCUAUUGGCCCAGGACGGCGAGCCAGUCGACUGAAGAUGAGCGCAGCGUGCCCACUGUCUGAUGAAGACAACACUUCAGAUCGUAGCAACAGUCGUAGCUCGACACUGGACAGCAAUCCUCCUUUAAAGUUUGUGAUCGAUAUGUUUGUGCAGAGGGCAGGCAGUGACGGCAAUUCAAGUUCGGACUCAGAAGCCCUAACAAUCUCCAGUCAACUCCCGGUCGCAUAGUUUGUCACCAUGACGCUUCACAUCCAUAGCCUACCUUCAGCAUGACAUUUUAUACACUAGCCUACAUUGUUAUUUAAUAAUUAAACAUUACAUAUUUAGCGUUAACUGAUCUUCUGUAACAAUCUUUUGACCGUAAUUUUUGGUUUGUACUUAAAAAGACGAAAAUACUUAUUGAAUUCUUUUGUAGAGUUGUCGAAUCCUUUUAAAAUUAUCGGAUCUAGUAAGCGGAUAGCGUAGUGUUAUUUGUUAUCAAUAUUUUAUACUUACCGCAAAAGGCAUAAAAUAACAAAAAAAAUUGUAAAUAUGUAUUAUAGAUUAAGAGUAAGAUUUAUUUUCCUAAGUACAAUAUUCGACUCAUGUACCUUAUAGCCUUUGUUAAUGUAAAGUUUUUCUUUGUUUUUUACUUUUUUAUGAAGCUUAAAGUGUGUGAUUUUGGAAUCCUGUAGUAAAAUGUUUUUACUUUACAGCAAGCAAAUGUCAUACUUUAAUUUACAAUGUACGUUUUGUUUUAUACUUGAUCCAACCUUUACAAGAUAAACGAGGAUUACAAUCAAAAGAUUUAAUGUACAAAUUUUAAGCUGCUGUGCUGCUUAAAAAACCUAACUCAUAAUAAUUGUUAGAAAGCUUCAUUUUCUCCUUCAUCCAUUAUAUUGUGACCACUUAUUUCGCUACAUGGUAUAUAGUUUGGGGAUUUUCAUUUUCUGUAAAGAGAUUGUCAAGUAUCGUAUAAGCUAAUAAACCUAGAAACUUGUACUUAUAAGGUACCAAUGUGCUAGAUUACAAUAAUUGUAUCGCAAUAUUUUACUUUAUGAUAACAAUCUGUAAUAUCGGAUUUGAGUUUGUUAAUUUAGUUACAUUUGUGUUUGAGGUAUUGCUCAAUGUCUAGUCUGUAUUUAAUUUCUGCAAGUCCAGUGAAAAAGCAGACCUUUGAAGAUUUUUGUUUCUUCAGCCAUUGAAGAACUUUCAUAUUGACCUGAUAUUUUACUUUUAUACUCGAGUAAAAUAUGCAUACUAUUUUGUCGUGCAAAAUAAUUAUCCUUGGUUCCGUUUCAGGAACCUGAAAAUAUUUUUAUUGGUAGCUCCUAAAAGCCUAUGUAUUGUUGAAGAAUAAAUAUACAUAGAAUAAAUUUUCUGUGGAUAUAUGUUAAAUUUGUAGUUUAUAUACCUAUGUUCCGUUCCAUCAGUUUUAAGUUAGAUUUUUAUUGGUAACAGGAAGCCACUAAAAAGUGUCUUGUUGUAUAGCAAUGUAUUUUCAGAUUUGUUGUUAAAUAAAGAAUUUUUGAUAAGAAAUGUAUUAGUUGUCAUUGAUCUGA